AUGGGUCUUGAGCCUCUGAAGCUGAAACUAAUGCCCACCUCUCUCCGCCGGCGCGUGAUCCUACGCGCCCUCGUGAUCCUCUUCGCUUUCUCUCUCGUAUCCAUCAUACGAAACCUCAACGGAGCUUACCAAGGAGGAGAGACUCACCACCUCCACCGUAAAGUUGAUGACUGUGCCGUGAACUUCGCAUUUCUCGGGCCGUUCCUCUUCUCCGGGAACAACUUGCUCUCCAACACCUUCCUAAAACCCGUCUGGAACUAUUUAGAAUCAGAGAAAUGCAAGAAAAGCAUCAACUUGACUACACAAGUCAUCACAGAGCUCAAAGGUUUAAACUUGCUGCGUACCGAUGUGAAAACUCUCUGUAUUGGCCAGAGAUCGGUUUCAGCUCUUCUCGCUAUGAACUCACAAGGCUUCUCCGAUGCUCGCGUGGCUUACACGCCACCUGUUUUCUCUUUCAAACACAGGAAGUUCAGUAAUGGUGGUAACUACUUACUACAGUACGAAGACGCUUCUUUCGGUUUCGUCUUAUCUACCGAUGUUGUUGUUGAGACGGUUUCUUCCGUUGUUUAUGAAAUCGAGCGUGUACUUAAGCCCGGUGGAACCGGAGCUAUGAUGCUUCUUGUUGGGUCUGACUCCAACGAGUUGGUUAGAUCGGUUUCGCCUGUUUCUUCACUGCUCAAGAACUCGAGUGUUGUUCAUGUUGGUUCCUUUGGUGAGCAGGUUUUGGUUGUGUUUAGGAGAAACGGUGAAGAAGUUAGUUUCGGUUUGGAUCAAACUCAUCAUCAUCAUCACCUUCCGGAUGAUUGCGUUUCUGUAGUUAAUAACAGAGCUUACAUUGGGUUGUUGGAGCCUCUUCUCGAGGAGAAACGGUCGGAUUUCGAGAGAAGGAUACAUUACUUGCCUGAGUUUAUUGAUCUUUCGUCUAGGAAGAGGCUGGUUUAUGUUGAUAUUGGAGCAGCGGAUCAUCUCACGCCGAGAUCGGAUUGGUUCUUCCCGUCGUAUCCUAUUGAUAAGAAAGGGUUUAACAGCUAUUUUGUGCAUCACAAUACGUCUAUCUUGACUUCUUAUGUCAAAAGUCCUGGUGUGACCUUCGUUUACCAUCCGGGACUCUCAGGAGCAGUAGCUAGUCAUGGAGAGGGGGAAGAAGAAGAAGCCUUUGUAGAAGAGGACAGCUUUGAUUUUCUUGCGUGGUUCAAGGAGACGGUUAGCUUUGCUGAUUUCGUGGUUCUGAAGAUGAAUACAAGCGAAUUGAAGUUUUUGUCGGAAUUGAUAAAGACUGGUGCGAUUUGUUCGGUUGAUGAACUGUUUCUUAAUUGCACUGGGUCUGGAGACUGCACCAGUGUUAUAAAGAGCCUUAGGAACAGUGGCGUCUUUGUUCAUCAAUGGUGGGGAGACUAA